AUGUCAACAACGUCAGGCCAUUAUUCUAUGUUCGAUACUCCGACUUCGACAGAUCAGCCGAAAAAGGAGAAACCAAAGGCUUUGAAUGCUCCAUGGGUUGAGAAAUAGUAAGUUUUAGAUUGUUAUCCUUUAUAUUGCUUUUAAUUUUAGUCGUCCACACAAGGUAGAAGAGAUUUCGUAUCAAGAAGAGGUGGUUUCAGCUUUAACUAAGUGUUUAGAAGGAAAUGAUGUAAGCUUUGCUGUUGUUUUACUUGGUUUAUCAAGGAGAAGUUGUUUUCGGCUUUUUUAACGUAUUUUUGUAUGUAAUUAAUGUUUGGAUAAGUGUUUUCCAUGGAUUUUACUUUAAUUUUAGAAUAUUUUAAUAGAAAUUUAAUUUGUUUUAGCUUCCACACAUGUUAUUCUAUGGUCCUCCAGGCACAGGCAAAACUACAGCCGCCAAAGCCGUUUGCAAACAGUUAUAUCGUGACCCAGAUACCUAUAUCAACCGUGUUUUGGAGCUGAACGCGUCAGACGAACGAGGAAUUGCGGUGGUCAGAGAAAAGGUGAGUCUUUGAUAUUAUAGUGGAUAUUCGAUGUUUAGAUCAAGACUUUUGCUCAGCAAAACGUCAAGAACACGGCCAGCAAGAAGUGUGCAUCUUCGGUGAAGGUCAUUAUUCUUGAUGAAGCUGAUGCGAUGACAUCGGCUGCUCAAAUGGCUUUGAGGAGGAUCAUGGAAAGCGAGUGCCGAACCACCAGAUUCUUUAUCAUUUGCAACUACGUCAGUCGAAUUAUUGGGCCUUUGGCGUCGAGGUGUGUGAAGUUCAGGUUCAAACCUCUUCCGGCUGAGUCGCAGAUUGACCGGUAAGUUGUGUGGUUGAGGAUUAACGAGGUUUGAAAGCAGAAAUAGCAGUUUAUAUUGUUGUUGAGGGCAGAUCUUGGGAGGUGUUGGAAAAUCUGAUAUAUUUUAAAAAGUAGAAGCUCGGGUAAGUUGAAAUUUGGCAAAGACAUGCAUUUUUAAAUGGCCGAACGUUUGAUGGAAGUGAUUUCUUAAAAUUAUGGUAUAGGCGUGUACUAGAGCUUUUUUAUUGCAUCGGGCGGAUUUUUACAGACUUUUUGAAAUGUUGGUCGAUUUUAGAGAAUAAAACAGCAUUUUGACAAUUUUCAACAUGAUUUUUGAUAAUGUUACUAGCUUGUUGCCUAUAUUUUUUGUUUUAAAAAGUUAAGAUAUUCAUUAAAAUGUGAUAUUUCUAGCCUAAAAUACGUCGUAUCCAAUGAAAACCUCAGUGUCACGGACGAAGCCCUGAAUCAGCUGAUCUCGCUCUCAGAUGGAGAUCUUCGCAAGUCCAUCACUCGUCUACAGUCGCUGAGCCUCGGAUUCGAUGUGAUCACGGCCGACAGUGUGGCUCAGAUUUGUGGACAGAUACCUGAAGAUCAGAUGAGUCAUUUCUUUGAUACCUUGAAGAUGCAGAACGCCAAGAAUGUCAUAAACAACUGCCAAGAGUUUGUGAGGACAGGAUAUUCGGCAAAACAGUUCUUGGAGCAGCUAUCGGAAUUGGUCGUCAAGGAUGACAUGUUGUCAUCUAUUAAUAAAGCUCACAUAUUACUCAAGCUUGGAGUAAGUUUUGAUCUUUCUAUUGAUGUUAUGAAGGGACAAAAGUUUCUUCAGCAUCUUUUUGAGUUUUUGUUACCUAAACGAUCAUGUUUCUGAAUUUUUGUUACCUAAAAUGAAUAUUUUCAGGAGAACGAUGCUCGUCUACUAGAUGGUACCAACCCAUUGCUCGUGGUCACUUCCUUAUCGCUGCUGAUCUUCAAAAUAUAUUCUUCAUGUUAA